UCGCCGGACUCCAGUUGCCACAUGACGCUGGCUGAAAAAGAGACCUUUGCUCGGUGGCUGCAUGUGGCAGAACUGUCUCCGGCCGUGCGUGACUUCUUGGAGGCCUUUCUGCCGCCCGAGGGUCUCCAGAAAGGCGAUGGGGAUUCUGAAGACAACGGAAAUAUAGCAGCAUCUCGUAGUUCGACGUAA